AAUUCAAAGCUGUCCCGCACGGAUCAACAAAUAGUUCUCCCCAAGAAACCAUCCUCUUCCAUUCUCAUCUACAAAACUCUGAUCAGAAUUUGGCGUUUAAACCACCCUCUUCCUGGUUCCGUCAGGGUAAGGAAGAAGAAGCAAAGAGCAGUGGAAAGAAAUGAGGAGGGAGGGCAAGCAGCACGGGGUCGUAAGGAGCUGCAUGCUCCUUUCUCCCAACGCCAACGUUGUCAACAAGCUUGAUUCAUUGCCAACUGCAGGAAUAUUCCAGAAGGUGCCGCGUAAACCCACGAACCACUCCAAAUUCACCGGCGUUUGCCGGCGGCCUCGAUGCCCUGGAUGCCAUGCAUGCCCUGUUAACAAGUCCAGGGAGAAGGCUAAAGGUACCUACAAGCAUAAAUCCAAUGACGUCGCCGUGAAUCAUCGGUUGGUCGCCUGGAAAGUAGUUGACAAGCACCGAGGAUCCAAUUAUGUCGGAUUCUCGGCGGCGCAGGCCUUGGAGUGCUUGUGGGGGGGCGAUCUUGAUGAAUUGAUGACGGAGGAAGAACCAGAAGAAGGUCCGGCUGCCGGUUCCAGCGACUUCAGUUUGAAAUUUGACGGUGUUGGAGUAUCUGAUGUUAUGCACCAUGAUGAUGAGACUAAUGUAGAGAUCGAAGAUGAGAAAGAUGUUCCAACGAUUGAUGAUUGUGGUGAUGUUGGUAAUCAUGCUGACGAUGACAGCGAUUUGGUGAUUUAUGAAGUCCAAAUUGAAUGUGAAAGCGACGAAGGAGAAGGAUGGUGCCUGGUGAAGCAAUGAAAGUAAUAUCAUGAGAUGAUCGUCCGUCUAUUCAGGUAUUUGUUAAGACAUGCUUGUCUUCAUCAAAAUUUGUGCCUGCCAUUAAUAAUGAAUUAGAAAAAAUUGUUGCUCUGUAA